AUGAGCGCUAUAAGACAGUUGAAAACAGUUGGCCAUGAGAUUACAGGCUUGAAUCCCUCAGUUCUCCCCAAAGUAAUGAAGAAAAUUGCUUUCAUAAUUAUCAACAACUAUAUUGGAACAUCUAUUUCAUUAGGUGAUGGACCAUUAAAUGAUGGGUUCAACAUUGCAAAGCUAUUGAAGCAAUUUGGAUACACAGUAUUCUAUGUAAUAAAUCCAAAAAGAAGAAAUUUCAUUGCAAAAUUGGAUUAUUUCUUGAAGAAUACCCAGCAAGAACUUGUUAUUUACUAUGUUGGACAUGGAAAUAAUGUCCCAGAUCUUAAUGGAGAUGAAGAUGAUGGAAUGGAUGAAGCAAUGGGCUUUGUUGAUGGAAAUGUUAUUGAUGAUCAGCUUGUUGAAGAGAUAUCUGCCAACAAAAACACAAGUAGCAGAAUUGUUCUUAUGUCAGAUUGCUGCCAUGGUGGUUCAAUCUGGGAUAUUCAGAAUGGACAAGUUCAUGGAAAACCACUUCCAUCAAAUAUUCUUUCUGUUGCUGCAACGAAUGAUAGACAGACAGCUAAACAGAUGUACAUAGAUCGUAAGGAACAAGGUCUGUUUACAUAUAAUUUAAUGAAAAUCCUGAAUUCAAAUCCAAAGAUGUCUCCCAUUGAUUGCAAGAAGAAACUUGUUGGUUGCUUAAGGAAAUUUGGUCAGACAGUUACUCUUGCUUCAACAUCUCCAGAGAUGUUAAACCAGCCUCUCUUUACAAGGGCAAAUUGA